AUGCCAGGAACAACAACUACGUAUAGGAGGGACGGUGCUCAUCUUUUCUAUUAUAUUUUAACGGUUUUAUUAGCAACACCUUGGCUGUUAGCAAUACCACUGGAUAAUGGGAUUAUCGGUGAGCCUGAACUGGAAUGUGGCCCAGUUUCGAUUGCACUCACAUUCGCUACUCUCAAUUCUUUCCACGGACAUGUCUAUGUGAAAGGUCGUUUCGAGGAACCUGGUUGCAGAUCAGACGGAACUGGCGAAAAAUCGGCUGGCCUCACGUUGCCGUUCAGUACUUGCGGUAUUUUGCGUGAACGUUCGUUGAGUCCACGUGGUAUAUUUGCAUCAGCAACCAUAAUCAUUACAUUCCAUCCAUAUUUCCUCACAAAAGUGGAUCGAGCGUUCAACGUCAAAUGUUUCUACAUGGAAGCUGAUAAGGUAUAUCAUCAUACGAUUUCCACUUUUAUUCCAGCUGGUAACAAUAACAGCAACAAUAUUAAUAUGGCAACAGUGAUAAUGACGCUAACAACACCAAUGUCAUGGUAA